AAAAUACUAUGUAAUAAAUACAUUGGGGAAAAGAUGACGAUUACAUAAUAUAAAUGCAUAUUUUAACGAUUAUUAAUAACUUUAUUUUAACUGAAUUAAUUAAUGAUCAGCAGUUUGGUAGGACUGUGUUAACUCAAAAGUUAGAGAUCAUGUGAUUUGAGUGUUAAUUAUAUACGUAAUGUUUUACGCCACGAGAUGAUUAGAUGAUUGGUGAUCAAUUGAUUGAUAGUGUUCCCCAAUUCCCAUGUGCACCCAUACUAUUUACAAUUUCCUCUCUUGUUCUUAAAAAAAUAAAAAAAUUGUAAAGUCCAGAUAAUAAAGAUAAAGGGAAAAUGUCUCGUUACAACCUUUUCCUUAAGAUAUCUAAUGUUGUUGCCUAUAUAUUAGUUAUCGCUGCUAAUACCGUAGUACAUGUUGGAGACUCAAAGCCUGACGAACCGGUUACUAAUAGCACUCUUAUUUCUGGUAAUUGGACAGUUCCAGAAACUUACCUUUUACCCGCGACCUACACUUUUGGAAUUUGGGGACUUAUUCAUGCGUUACUAUUUGGUUUCAUUAUUUAUCAAUGGUUUGAAGCUGCUGAAACUGCAACUGUUGAGGGAGUUAAAUUUUAUUAUGUUACUGCAAGUAUUUUAACUGUUGUCUGGUUAUUAAUUUGGGGUAAUAGUAGAAUUAGAAUUCUUAUUGAUGCUUUUGUUCUCGCAGCGAUCUCUAUGAAUGUAUUCAAAGCAUUCGAUAAUAUUUCAACACAUUAUCCUCCAAAAGAUUUUAAGGAUCGAUUAUUUAUUCAUUAUCCUUUUACAAUUUAUGCAGCAUGGACUCUGAUAGCAACAAUUUUGAAUUUUUGGGCAGCAAUUCCUUUUCUCAACACCGUAUUUUUUUCCACUAUUGCAAUUAUAUGUCUUGGAGUUGUGGGAUAUGAUUAUAAUAAAAAUCAUGAUGUUGUCUUCUCGGCUACCAUUGCUUGGGCACUUGUUGGUAUUGCAGUUAGACAACAAGAUACAUUGCCAAUUUUAAUCGCUUCUUCUGUUUCUUCUGGUGUGAUUUUAGGAGGUAUUUUAAGAAAAUGGAUUAGUAAAACCCGUGCUUAUAUUGAAUUAAGAAGAACUAGAUUGAGAGAUGUUGGUGAAACUGAUCCUUUGUUACCAUAAAUAAUCAAUAAGAAACUUCGUACUUAUACAUGUAUCAAUUAUUAUUAUUAUUACAUAUUCAUUAUUUGUAUAGGUCCUAUAUGAAUUAAUAUAUUAAAAUUUUAAGUCCUUUAA